GCGGGCGCUGCGGGCGGGGAGCGCUGCCCGCGGCAUGGCCCUGGCCCCGGCCCCGGCCCCGGGCGGGCCCCCGCCGGGCGGCACCUCGGCGGGGGACAUGGAGCGCUACUACCGCCUGCUCCGCGCCGCCGCGCUGCUGGAGGCCGCCGCCGCCGAAACUGCAAUACCCAUCUGUGCAAAGGACAUCAGUGAUGAUCUGAUGAAGGAGUUUGCCUUUCUGUCUGGUGGAAGGGGCAAGGACAAGGCCUGGAUCAUCACCCUGCCUGACAACGCUGGCUUCAACCAGGUGCCCGAGGAGAGCGUGGCCAGAGUGCUCACCUACCUGACCUCAGUGCCCAGUCAGCAUGAGUCUGACACCAAAUUUAUCCUAAUCCUGGACAGAAGACUGGACACAUGGACAUCAGUGAAAACGACUCUCCAGAAAAUAGCAGCAUCCUUCCCAGGGAACCUGCACUUGGUGAUGGUCCUGCGGCCCACGGGCUUCUUCCAGCGCACCUUCACCGACAUCGGCUUCCGCUUCAGCCAGGAGGAUUUCCUGCUCAAGUUACCGGUGGUGAUGCUGAGCUCGGUCAGUGACCUGCUGACGUACAUCGAGGAGCAGCAGCUGACCCCCGAGCUGGGGGGCACCCUGGAGUACUGCCACAGCGAGUGGGUCAUCUUCAGGACGGCCAUCGAGAGCUUUGCCCUGACUGUGAAGGACAUUGCCCAGAUGCUGCAGUGCUUUGGCACGGAGCUGGCCGAGGCGGAGCUGCCCGAGGACAUGUUCUGCAUCGAGCGCCUGCUGGCCCUGCGCACCGAGAGGUACCUGCAGCUCAAGGAGGAGAUCACGGCAGUCACAAAAGAGGGCAAGUUGCUUUUGAGCAGUUUUGAAGAGCCAGACUCAGGGGAAUGCAGUCAGGAGCAGCAGCAGGAGAGGCCUGGGGACUGGGAGACAGUGAAUCGGUUGCUUGGUCAGCUGCGUGAGAUGGAGACUGCUUUUGAUGGCUUCUGGGAAAAGCAUCAGUUAAAAAUGGAACAAUAUUUACAACUCUGGAAGUUUGAGCAAAGUUUUCAAGAGGUGAAGAGUGCCAUUGAAUUUUUAAUGGGGCAGCAGGCGGAGCUGCCCGACACCGGCGACAGCGUCCCCCAGGUGAAGCAGAGGCUCAAGGAGCUGGAGAGCUUGGAUGGCCUGGCUCAGGAGCUGAUAGGGAAGGCUCAGGUGGUGAUCCUGCACGGGCACCAGCUGGCUGCCAACCACCACUACGCGCUGAACCUGAUCUGCCAGCAGUGCAACGAGCUGCGGCACCACUGCGACCUGCUGGCCGAGCACGGCAAGAGGAAGCAGCUGCACCUGCAGAGGACCCUGGAGCUGCACACCCGCCUGCAGCAGGCCCUGCAGUGCUGUGAUGAAGGUGCCUACCUGCUCGCCAACCAGCAGAUGGACAAGUGCCAGUCUAAAGAAGGCGCCCAGAAAGCUCUCCAGGACAUAGAGAGAUUUCUUGAAAGCUCUUCAUCCUACUUGAACUAUGAUCCCCAAGCCCUGCAGGACGAUUUUGAGUCUGUUUUGACACCUGAGCUGAAGUGCCAGCUGCAGGCCGUGCAGGGGAAGCUGGACAGCGUGCGCAGCAUGUUUGAGAGCAGGCAGUGCUGCUUCAGGAGGCUGCUGGACAAGCACGUGAGGCCCGUGCAGCUCGUGGCUCCUCGGCCAGAGACCCCACCCCGGGCCAAGUCACCCCUGUUCUCUCCUAAGCACGGUGUAGAUUUUAAUUCCAGUUUGAAAUUUUCAUUUGAUCUUUCUCUCCCUGGGAAGAAAACUUCAAGAAAAACUCCAAGUUCUCGCAAGAUUGAGGUCAUGCACGACUACCAGGAGAAGAGGAAUUCCUUGCAGUACUUCAUUUCAGACAGUGAGGACAGCUUGGAUGUGCUGAAAGGGCACGUGAUAAAUGAGCUUAUAGAAACAGAGAGAGUGUAUGUGGAGGAGCUGUUCACAGUUCUGACGGGCUACAGAGCAGAGAUGGACAACCCUGCCAUGCUGAUCCUGCUGCCCCCCGUGCUGAGGAACAGGAAGGAUGUGCUCUUUGGGAACAUGCCUGAGAUCUACGACUUCCACAACAAGAUUUUCCUGCACAGCCUGGAGAGCUGCCUGGGAGCACCCGAGAGAGUGGGAUGUUGUUUCCUGGACAGGAGGGAGGAUUUCCAGAUGUAUGAGAAGUACUGCCAGAACAAGCCCCGCUCCGAGUCCCUGUGGAGGCAGUGCUCUGAGAGCUCCUUCUUCCAGGAAUGCCAAAGGAAACUGGAGCACAAGCUGGGGCUGGACUCCUACCUGCUGAAACCUGUGCAGCGCCUGACCAAGUACCAGCUCCUGCUGAAGGAGCUGCUAAAGUACAGCACGAGCUGUGAUGGGGUUCAGGAACUUCAAGAAGCUCUGGUUGCAAUGCUGGAUUUGCUGAAGUCAGUCAAUGACUCCAUGCAUCAGAUUUCAAUCACAGGCUAUGAUGGUGACCUGAGCGAACUGGGGAAAGUAUUGAUGCAGGGAUCUUUCAGUGUUUGGGCAGGACACCGAAAAGGGCCCACAAAGAUGAAGGAUCUGGCCAGGUUCAAGCCCAUGCAGAGGCACCUGUUCCUCUAUGAGAAAGCCUUGGUCUUCUGCAAGAAGAGAGAGGAGCACGGGGAUGGAUAUGACAAAACCUCAUCCUACAGCUUUAAGCACUUUCUGAAAAUGAAUGCAGUUGGGAUAACUGAGAAUGUGAAAGGAGACCAUCGGAAAUUUGAGAUCUGGUACAGUGGGAGAGAGGAGGUGUAUGUGGUGCAGGCCCAAACAGUAGAUCUGAAGAUGGCAUGGUUGAAUGAAAUAAGAAAAAUUUUGUUCAAGCAGCAAGAGCUUAUAAAAGCAGGGGAGAAGCAGCAGCCUGGCUCGUGCUCGGAGCAGCUCCCACUCUCCUCGCAGCUGGGGGACAGGAAGCAGCAGAGAGCCUCCAUCAGCUCGGAGGAGAAUGACUCGGAGCGCACCAGCCCGGUGCUGCUGUCCCCCCAGAGCAAACCCCACAGAGGCUGGCCAGGAAUGUCCCAGUCCCUGGAGAUCUGCGAGGGGCUGGAGGAGUGGGCGGGCCAGCAGGAGCUGUCCAACUGCUCGGACACCGAGGAGGAGGAGGGCACCCAGCUGUCUCCAGGAAAAUACAAAGCCCUUGCAGACUGCAAGAGGAGAGGAUCAGAGGACCUGCUGGUGAAAAACGGGGAUGAAAUUCAGCUCUUGCAUGAAGAUGGUGAGGGACAGUGGCUGGUGAAGAACCUCAACAGAAGGAAAGAAGGCUGGAUCCCUGUGCACAGUCUGCAGAUUGUGGUCGGGGACUGCAGGUUUCGGAAUGCCAAAGUUGCAGAUUUCAUUGCAAGAGCACUGGGUAGAAGACCGGGGAGAAGAGACGGAGUCUGACCAGGGAUUCCAGGACUGUUUUCCUCCUCCCUGCUGUAGCUCACACCUCCUGUGGAGCAGGAGGUACCUAAGCCAAAUCUCCUGCUGCUGCUAAAGACAUCGUGGCCUGACCCCAGCACUCUAAGGCAAUACUUCCUCCCUGCUGCCUCACUCCUGCCCUCACUGCUGCCUGCUGGUCAAUCCACCCUAGAGAAAGCUCAUUAUAAACAGGUUUCAGCCAAAGGCUCAGAGUUUUCAUUUUCUAGCUGUAACUGUACAUAGCAAUAGACAGGGAAGCAUAAGAGAUGACACAAGAAAAUGCCUUAAGAGCAGCCUGUUGCCCUUGCCAUGUCACUGCUCCAUGUGUUGCCUCAUCACCACACUGUCCUCAGCAAAUGGGACACCAGGGCUGGAGGUGGAACAGCUCAGGAAGCCCACACAGACUUAGUCCAUUAAAAAAAUAAAUUAAAAUUUACUAGCUAUCACUGUAUGAAGCAAAACUUGAAAGGAGAUUUCUAUUUUAAAAAUUCUUUUUGUCAGAAUCUGUUUUUUUGAUGAAGGUGAAGGAAGCCACCUGAAAGGCUCAGAAUUCCAGUCAGCUCUUGAUGGUUUUUUGGUGUAUUUCAGUGAAAUCCUUCCUCUACAGGAAGGUAUGUUUUAUCCCCAUUGUUGCAGGGCACACAAAUCUCAGAGGUUGAAGGUUUGCUGAUUUUCUGUAAGGGGUAGUUUGCUAACCACUGUUCAGAGUUCACUGGCACCCUGCAGUUAUGGCUCCCUUGAUCUUCUCUCCAUGCAUAGCUACCCCAUCUCACCAGGUCCUAUGCAGAAGGGUUUUCCAGCUGAGAAUGCAUCUCAAAAAAGGUGCUGGGAAACUUUGAACCCUGGUUUGCACUGUCAGUGGUGAUGUCCGCACAAACCUAGAGACUGUCAGCUCUGCACUGGUUUAUAGAGUUGCUGAGUACAAAGUGAGGGGAAUUGCAUGGGGUGAAACCACAGAAAUGCCUCCUGUGAGUGCCACACCCCUGCCCAGGUACCCCAGAGCUGUGACCCAGGCUCUGAGAGCACUGGAGCUGUUUUCCAUGUUUUCCGUGUUCUCUUUGCUGUUUCUGCUGGUGCCUGCAGUCCCAAGGCACGAUUCUAACCUUGCACACACCAGGAAAUACUGGGGGAUGAUGUGGGAUGUUCUCCGGCUAUUUCCUAGAGCUAUUCCUAGAGCUUUCCAGCACUGUGUCCUUACAGCCAUAAGCAACUUGCACUCUGAAAAUUGAUUUUCAUGCAGUUCUUCUGCACUCAGCAAUUGCCUUUACCCUGGGCUGGUCCCUUCACCCUGCAGUGACUCUGGGCUGGGCUCAUUGCUGCUGCUGCAGGAGAUGGAGCUCUUGCUCCAGUCAGCAGAGGAGAUCAGGCAGCCAGGCUGGUGGAGCCAGGCAGGGCAGGAGCAGCCUCAGAUCCCUCCCUGAGCUGCCUGUGCUGAGCUGCUGCUCUGCAUGUCAGCAGUGUAAACCUGGUUAACACUGUGGGAUCCCUGGGAGCUUGGGGAGUGCUGGAGUCACCUCAGUGCUGGGAGAGGCACUUUGGCAUUUGUGGGGACAGUGCCUGUCUUGCUGCUCAGCUCCAGGUUCCCCUAAUUAAAACUCUGUGUCCAGUCACAGAAUUUCACAGCAGAAUUCACACAAAUCUGGGGUUUGGGAUUUUUGUCAGGGCAAAGCCUUUAUCUGAAUAGAAUAAAUGGUUCCCUUACCUUCACAUUUCUCCUUGGAUUUGUCCUGUGGCCCACCACAGGAUGGCUGAUACCUGCAUGCCCACAGGCUGUUCCUUUCCCCUCCUGCAAAUGAUUCCAGUGUUGAGCCAAUGCAGAUCAUCAUGAAGUUCCAGGGAACUCUUUGCUGUCCAUUUUAAGUGAGCAGAGGGGUAUUUGGUCAAUGCUUCACUUCCCAGCUUUGCAAAUCCAUGGUCCUCUUGUAAAUCUUGGCCUGGACAUGAGCCAUGAGUUCCCUGGGAGGAAGGUGGCUGGCUUGGAGAGCAUUUUGGAAAUGAGUUUUCCUUCUGCUGUGCCUCUAGCUGUAAGUUCUGAGAUUAGUCCUUGCUGCUUCCUUCCAGACAGAUUUAUUCUCUCUGCUGUGCAAACCCAUGGUGGAUUUUUUAAUGUGCAUGAUGAAGGAGCAGUUUUGUAUUGCAGGUGGUAACAUGCAGAGCUCUAAAUGGAGAAUAUUUGGAGAGAGCUGUGCUCAGAAAGAGCAAUACUCAGAAUGUACUGCUGCUGAGGCUCACCCAUGUGCUGGGGGUUUCAGCUGCCUUGCAGGUGGUCAGGCACUGCCUGGUUAACUGGCUUGGCUUUUCCAUGAAUUAACAUGGGGAUGCAAGAUUAUCUCCUCAUUUCAGGGAAGGUUGGGGCCCCAGCAUUACAGUCCCAACUCCCUUCUGCCCUGGAGCAGGAGACAAAGCAUUUCUGCAUGUCCCUUGGUGGCAGUGUGCCAGGGUCACAGUGGGCAGCACGGGCAGGUCUGUGCCAGUGAGGAGGAGGAGGAAGGUCUCACCUCUCAGCACACUGCACUGCAGAACCAGGUUCCCUUUGAACUCUCUUCCUUCCAGGGCACAGGCUCCUGUUCCACAUGCCAGACCCUCUCCUAGUUUAUUUAACAUCCUGCUUGCCAAAUCCUCUCCUCCAAGCCUCAGGGGGUCCCCUGUGCCUGCUCUCCAUGCCAUAAAGCUGAGCAGAGAUUUCCCCCAGCUGGCAGUGCCUGAAGGACUGAGCUUGCAUGUCCUGUGCCCUCACUGGGAUUGUCCUGUGCCCCCUGGACAAUCCCUGGGGAUUCUCUGUGCCCCUGGCCACCCUGGACCUGCCUGGCCAGGCUAUUCCUGCCUGUGGCUCCAGCUUUGGCAGGCUGCUGUGCCAUGUUGGCUGAAGGGUGCCAGCUGUACCCACGCUCUGGCUGCUGUGCCAUGUUGGCUGAAGGGUGCCAGCUGUGCCCACGCUCUGGCUGCUGUGCCAUGUUGGCUGGAAGGUGCCAGCUGUGCCCACGCUCUGGCUGCAGUGCCACCACAGCUGGCAGCUGCAGCACAGCUCCUUCCCUGCCCCUCACUCCCUUCAGUGACUGCAGCCACAGGCUCUUGUGUCCACACAGGGUCCCUUAGAGGCAAUGCUGAUUGUUUUUAGCCUUUGAAGCAUAAAGCAGGGUCUCUCCUAUGCCCUGCAGCUCUUUAGUAACCCAGAAACCAUCUCCAGCCUGACAACAUAAAGAGCCCAGAGAAGAUUUCAGCUGGCCUUGCUGUGAUAAUGAAGUGAUAGGUGAUGGAAAUGAGUCAAACCCUGUGGUCCCGCCUUAGUCAAGGCUCUCACUGAAGCCAGUGGGAGUUCAGCUUUUAGGGAGAAAUGCAGGAGUGCAUUUGGGUUUUUUUCUGUUAUACAAAUGUUACAUGAUUACAGGGAACAAUGUCUUUCUUGGAAUCAGAUGCUUUAAUAUUAACACCAUUCUCCAUUACUUUAUAGAUGCUGCCCUGUGUAACACCAGAAAGUUUAGUUCCCCUUGAACUGAGGGUGAACUAGCAGCAUCCCAUUUUCGAUGCUCUUGGGAAGCUUUCAGCUCAGUGUUACAGAGAAAUAGCACAGUAGUUGGAGCUGUCCUGUCCUGUUCAUCACAUUCACAGACCUCCACAGCCUCAUCUGCACUGAGUGGGACUGGGGUCCUAAGCAGCUUCUCAUGCUCAUAAAGGAAGCCAUUCUCUGCUCUUUGGUUUUGUUUGCCUGUGGAAAUGAUGGUAUUUUAUUCAUUUUCCUGCUGUUUUUCCAUGACAUACAUCAUGUUUCAUCAGAGAAGUACACUACAGUUUCCUGACACUUCGUUUAGAUGCUUGAAAUCUCCUCUGCAGGUUGAAGUAGGUUUUGCCUACAUACUAGCUGACAAGUGUUGAAGUUGCAAACAAGAGUUGAGUUUUGGUAAACCAAAAAGAAAAAAAAAAACCAAACCAAGAAGCUGUAUGUCCUGCUUAAUUGAUUUUAUGGGUGGAUUUUUCUUAACUAUCUGCUUCAGCUGUGUGAAUGUAAUGUUCUGUAAGAGCAUCAUCUGGCUGACUCCACGUGAGGAAGCAAUAACACUAAAGAUCCUCUUUUUGCACUUGGGGUCUGACUCCAGCCCACUGCAGUCAGCCUCCCUGAUCUCAGUGGGGUCUGGGUCAGCUCAAACUGACACCUCAGGGUUGUCACCAAUCACUUAGGGUCCCAAAGCGUCCCAGGGCUGAAACCUGUAUCUAGCAAGUGUUGAAGUUUACAUUAAUGUAUGUACCUUUGGAACACGUGCCAUAAAUCCGAGCUAAAUGUCCAUGUUUGCACUAAGGAUGUUCUUGUGAUAAGACUUUUUCAGCAUCUUUAACAAUAAUGUAUCUACUGAAUUUUUGAGAUGGGGAAAAGAAUGUUGAAGACUGAUAAUUUAAUUUUGUGUUUCUUUGUCUAGUUUUGCUUUUGUAGAACUUAGGUAGGUACAGGUGGUUUGAACUUUUGAGCAGAUGUGUGCAAAGAGCACCUGAGUGUGUGGAGAGCAGGGUUAAUGGUGUGCAUGCAGUAGUGAGUUUGCUCUGCCCCAGCCAAAGGAAAUGUUUAUUCCAUGGACUAAAGGGGGACCUUUAUGAUCUGAUUUUCAUUUGUGAGCUGGUCCUUAGGCACAGGUUAGGUCAGAAGGUGCUGGGUUUGUUUUGUGCCUGUUGUUGUGUGGAGCAGUUGCUGAGCUGCUGUCUGGGGUGGCCUGGGGCUCCCCAGCCCCCAGUGGCUGCUCCUCCAGGACUGGGGGGAGCCCUGAGCCCCUCAGAGCCAGGCCCAGCUGAGUCUGAGCUGAGCAGCCCCAGAGCCAGCACAUCCCGUGUCCUUCACUGGAGCCACAGUGCUACCACUGCAGGCUCUGUUCCUCUGCUUCCAAAUCAAUCACAAUGCACUCAUGAGGUGGGAAAGUCUUAAUUACUGUUGGGGCUCUUUCUAGUGGUUACAAUUCUUGUGCUAACAAUACACAUUUUGAGGUACAAUGUAAAUAUUUGUCUGAAACACAGCACACAUUGCAUAUUGAAUGAUUUUAAUCUUUUUUGUCUUCCAUAGUUUUAAAUCUUAGCUUUUAUUAAUUUAUGAGGUUGAUAAGUUCUGCAAAUCUGAAUGUACAGUCUGAGGUUUUUAACAUUUGAAACUUUGCACACAUGGUAUGUUCCCCUGAGUAUGCUGUUGAACUAGGCUCUCCAUGUAUAUGUAUAAAUGACAGUAGAGAAUUUUCUCUGACUGCAAGUUUAAAUGAACUAUAUUGUAUAUGUACCUGUAAAAAUGUGUUAAAUCUAUAUUUAAAGAUUAAAAACUUGUUAAAUAAAUCCA